AUGACACCACCAAAUGCGACCCGAAAUCUGACCCUUGGACCUCAGUGCUGGGCCUGUCGCGAAAGACGUGUGCGAUGUGGAUCGGAGACUCCAGGGUGCUUGAAGUGUGCAGUUAAGGGGGUUGACUGCCCGGGAUAUGGCCAUACAAGACCGUUGCGCUGGAGAAAGCCACAGAGCCCCCGCAAGUUUAGCAAAAAUCAGACAGGAGAAGGAUCCCUGACUAAGGUUUGCCCUGUGGUGUUAUCUCCGAAGAGCUUACAACUUGAGCAUGAGAUUUUAUAUUUUAAUGAGCGAGUUGCCCCCGACUUAGUCGUGAUGGACUCUUCGUCCAAUCCAUUUCGGUAUCCACUGAAGUUAUCUGCUCAAACUCCCGCAUACUUUAAUUAUAUCUAUGCUUCCAUCAGUACCUGUCAUCGCAUAAUCCAACGCUACUAUGGUAAUAUGCACAUGUACCGCACUCAAUCGACAGGAAUGACCGUUUCGACCAAGUCAACUCCUUCACUAACAGGCCCCGACGAAGCAGCACUCUACCACUAUCGCGCGUCAGCUCUCAAAGGCCUCAACGAAGCACUGUCUAAAGCAACAAGAAGCCCACCAAAUAUUGACAUUUUAGGUGGGGUUAUGCUAAUCCUACACUCUCAGUUACAACAAGCCGCCUAUGGACAAUGGCGAAUCCACCUAGAUGGAUUUAAGAAGCUCAUUGAAUUUUACGGUGGAUGCGAACAUCUCUUAAAAGACGACAUACCUGCUAGUAUCAUUCUCGCAAACGUGUUGAUCAUCGAUGUAAUGUCAAACACCACCACCCCUGUACACUUCAUGACGCAAGGCACACUCAGGUGGCACUCGGCGUAUUUGGGCAUCCUACCUCGUAUGGAUCACGAUCUAGUUCCAACCCCGACUCCGAUUCCACUUCAUGUACUAAAAGCGGUCACUAUGGUCAACAUCGUCAGAGCCAGGUCGCACCAAACUAGAAGCGAGCUGGGCAGGUACCCGAACUUUACUUUCUCCUUGGUAUUGGCGGAACUAGGUAUCUCGCUUGAGACUGGAAAAACCGUUGAAUGGCUUGGUGGAAGCUCGGCAAACUACGACGGGACAAAUGUCCAAACACCUGACCAUGUUCUAUUUGCGGACUCCUAUCAGUCUGCAGUCAUAAUUUACGCCACAGAGGCAUACAUGCUCAUUUCCGAGAACAGCCUACAUGAGGUCGCAAACACUAUCCGAGACUCCGCCUACACCUCCUUGAUGACCGCGCUGCGGGUCUUAUUUGAGCUAAAAGACAAGACACAAAGCGGGGAGGCCUACUGGAAAUUCAUCUUCUGGCCGCUAGCAAUCGCAGGUGUCCAAAGCGUUGUGGCAAGGCACCACCGAGGAGAUUUUGAGUAUAUCUGCACUAAGCUGUACGAAAUGACAGCUGCUCUCGGGUCCCACUGCAUGCGAGAUGCUGCGAUAUUUCUCGAGCAUCUGUGGAUGGAAACAUCUGACUCGGGGGCAGAUGGGCACCCGUUAACAUGGGAUGAGAUAUUCAAAGACGCGCCAUUAUUUCUUCUCUAA